AUGAAGGCCCGUCCAGUUGAUCAAGUUGUCUACGAGUACAUGUUUCCGAAGCCAAAAUCUACGGAUCCUCAGAAUUUCCAGGUGCUGCUGCAGCGCUCACUCGUACCGGAAGUCCGCCUAGAAACACAAGCAUUCUAUGGACACCUCUCCUCGCAAGAGGCCAAAUACCCGGGACUUGAUUAUGCAUACGCCCCUCAUCGCGUCCGCCUUUCUCGAUUUCAAUGGCACAGACGCCUAUUCCGAGCAUUCGACCAUUUACAACUUACGGAUGGUGAAAUUGCAAAUUUGACCAAAUGGGAGGGAACUCGAUGGGCCAAGGAACGAUUUGAACGCGAACAGGGAAUCGUGAUUCGCGAUACCACUGGAGAUGGUAUUGAACCAUGGGUAGAACCACAACUUCGUGUUCAAACCGUCGCACAAGCUCAUCGUGCAGAAGUGGAGGAUAUGGAGGACAUUCAAGAAGAUGGCGAGUCAGAGAAUGAGGACUUGGAUGAAGACGAGGGCGAAGAUUCCGACGUUGAAAUUCAAAGUGUGGGAAUCGAGCUGAAUGAACGACUUCGGGCAGCAGCAGCCCAACGUGAGGCUGGCAAUGUUGGAACCAUAAUGGAUGAAGAAUGGGAGCAGUGGCUGAAAGAAGCCGCGGAAGCAGGAGGUUUACCUUUCUCAGACCUUACUCUCUCACCAAAUGCGAACAUUGAAGGCACCAGACCUGCUGGAUCUGGCUCCUCGCGUUCUAUGGACUCCCGAAUGUUGAAUGCAGCAAGAUUAGGUCAAUGGCAACAGAUUCCCGAUUUCCUCCACAACAUCGUCCGACAGAAUAUCGAAGCACACAACCGACGUAUGGAGGAUGCUGCCAUCACGUCACCUUCUAGUGCAGCAUCAACGGCAUCGAGAAAUGCGGCUGCCUUCCCAUCAGCACCCAGUCCAACGCCCCGGGUUCGAAUGGUUCCCGCUGCACCAACCUCACACACCACACCGGCAUGGGACUCUUCGCCCUCAUCGCAUCGACUGAAUCCUCACAUCCCCGACCAAUUCUCUCGCGAUCAACGACGAUCAAUGCCACUGUCAAUGCCAGGUCACCUAAUGAGCGGCACAGUAACACGAGGCACCUUCUCGCCGAGAAGAAUCGGCGGUAGAUUGUCUAUGGGCACGAGCAGAAGCAACCCACAGAGCUAA